UCGACACGCGGCACUCGUACCAAGCGGGUCUCCUCGUGCUCUCCUUCCCUCCUCUUGCGGUCGAGGGAGAGAAAGGAAAAAGAGAGUCGUAGUAGCCAAAGAGAGAGAGAGAGACUCGAAGAAAGAAGUGUUUUAAUUCACCUCCGAUCCUUCCACGCGCUCGACGGCGAAAAUCGUCUCGGAGAGAAAUCCGACCUUCGUGAUAUUAAAAACUUCGGACUAAUUACUCGCCGGCGACAUUUUGCGCGAUGACGUCGCCGUUCGCCAACGGGAAGAGGAAGCAGGACGUGUGGUCUCCCCGUUGGACAUCCGGCUGCAGCCCGCGCUCCGAUCUUUGUCCCGCGGCGCGCUCCUAGAAUGCCGCGCGUCGGCUCCUGAAAGAAAUUGAUCGGGAAUCUCGAUCGCGACAAGCGAAAACGCGCAAGCUCUCUUUCUCUCGGGACGAGUCGUUCCGCGGAGAGAUCGCCGUGAACGCGGAAGUAACCAGAAUUAAACGGAACCGAUCGGAUCGGAGAUACUCGUCUGUCGCCUCGAGGAAUUCAUCCACGAGUGAUCCAGAAAGAGUUACGGAUUUGGUAGCCGGCGUGAUACCGAGAUCGUGUUCCUGGCUAUGGGCAAGCUCCCAAUAAUUCCUGGUAGUGAUACUAUUCCUGAUAACGCAAGGACGGACAGUCAAAAGGAACAGCAAACGACGACAACGACGACGACCACGAGGACGACGACGACGGCGGCGGCGGCGGCGGCGACGGCGGUGAUAGUCGAUGAUGCGGAAGCGCGGUCCAGCGCUGUCGCCGAUCGCGAUCGUCGUUUCCUUAUCGCGUCGACAUGCGAACACGUCGCGACGAGGGGAGAGGAAUCCGCGGCGGAGAUCGGUGCCGUGCGCCGGAGGCGUCGGGACGCCGGAAUCGCCGGCGAGAUCGCGCGGCGGCCGCGCAGGAAUACGUGGCAUGUCGAAGGUGAGGUCGAAGGUGAGACCGAGGCCGUCCGGGUGACGGAUCACGACCCGAGCGGAUCGUCGAGGACCGAUCGCGUUAUCGAUGAGCAGAAUGCCGCGCGGAAUUGCGCUCUCAGCGCGACCGCGGCCAACGUGGGACUUUGGAACGUCAGAAUCGUCGGCGACGACGACCGUCGCACUUGUUGCGUCUCGGCCGACGCGGCCGCGCUUCCCGCGCGGCGCAGACGGAUCCGCGAGCGGGCGACAUGCGGCGGCCUCCACGCCGCCGGUCGCGUGUCGUUUGUCGUACGGUGGAGUCGGCGGGUCGGCGGAAUCGUCUUACCGGCUCGUAGCAGAUCGUCCGACGCUGGAUCCGGAGAAACGCUGCUCCGCAGUACGGAUAGUAUUACGACAGAACAGAAAGUGGAGCGAGGUCGGCUUUUCGAGGUCCCGCCCGUCGACAUCACGGACUUUUCCAAGUGCAAUGAACGUAUCUCGUUCAGCCGCGCCAGGAACGAUGGGUCCAGUCACGGUGAUGACGACUCGCCGACAGCUGUCCGCGAGAUCGGAGGGUCGAUCGAUGGCGAUGUCGACGCGGAGAAUACUCGGACCAGUGGCGAUCCCGCCAGACUGAUCGAGAUCGAUAUCCAAGCUCCGUGCGAGGAGCGACUGUGCGUUCUCGCCGAAGAGACGAUUCAUCAAACGAGUACGUCGUCCACUUCGCGAUUUCCCGCGAAGAUCGAUCCAGGCGGACGAGCGUGGCGAAGAAUCAAAACUGACACGCGUUGGAAAUUGCCAAGGGUCCGCCUCGCCCAGCGAGUUCUUCUUCUGGGGUUGCUCGCGACGAGUCUGCUCUGCGACGCGGUGCUGGCCGCGCCGUCGUCGUCGUCGGUCUUCGAGGACGGCGUCGGAGAAGAGGAUUUACCGAGGAACAAUCUCGGCGACGAUGAACUGGAGAUCAUCAGGAGGAGCAUCGUGCAAGGCCUCGGGCUCCAGAGGAUACCUGACGCUUCAAAGGCGAACGUGAGCCAGGCCGAGUACGAGAGAGCGCACAGAGAGUACCUGAAACAAGUGCAGCUGUCACACGACGGACAGAAACUUAGAACGCGGCGGGACCUCCAUGUAUUCCAAGCUGCGGAACAUUCGGGGAACGGGUCGAGCUUCAGCAUCGGCCGGAGGGGAGGGUACCAACGUCACUCCCUGUAUUUCCCCGUUGCGGUUUCCGGCGACGCGGAGGACGUCACGGUCGAUCACGCGUCCCUGAGAUUCCUUCUUCAAGGUGAUCAUCAGUGUCCGCGCGAGCUCGAGGCGCUGAUUUAUCUCCGCACGCCGGUCUCCCGGCGUCUCCUGCUGCGGCGCGGGAUCCCGCAGGGUGAGCCGACGGGCACCCGGUGGCUGGAGUUGGACUCCACCGAGGCGGCCGUGAACUGGCUCGAGCGCGGCCUAGAGAACCACGGUCUCGAGCUGGAGUUCCUCCACGACGGCCAGCCGGCGCGGCGUGUCGUCUCUCACGCGACGCUGAACGUGUUCACCACGUCGGAGCCCGGCGGCAGGAGGAAGAGAUCCACCCCCGAAGAACUGAUGCCGCUGCACAAGGGCCGGCGCACCAAGUGCAAGGGCGAGAACAACAAGAAGUGCUGCCGGCACGAGCUGACGGUGAUGUUCAAGGAUCUGAAGGGCUUUGAGUUCAUCGUGUACCCGAAGGGCUUCGACGCCGGCUACUGCAAGGGUCGUUGCCCGCCCCGUUACAAUCCAGCGCACCAUCACGCCCUGCUGCAGAGUCUGCUGUGGAAGGAGGACCGAAAGAGGGUGCCGAAGCCGUGCUGCGCGCCCAGCAAACUCGAUCAGCUGAUGAUCGUCUACUUCGACGAGAACGACACGACGCAGCUGAAGGUGUCCUACUGGAAGAAUAUCCAGGUGUUGGAGUGCGCCUGUUCGUGAAGAAGAUAAGAGAGAGAAAGAGAGAGAGAGAGAGAGAGAGAGAGAGAGAGAGAGAGAGAAGAAACAGUCUACCAUGGCCGAGGACUCACCAAAGAAUCGUCCGAAUUGCGGUUCGGUGAUGCCACACACGUCAUCGCGUUAAAACACACUAAUAAUAUUAAUAUUUCGACGUGAACGAAAGUAAAAAAAUACACAGUCGUUCGAGCUUACACAGUCGUUCGACUUUAGGAUUUCCGACUUUUUCAGACUUCCAUCAUUUUCUCCCCUCUUUUUUUUUUCAAGCUCGUACAACUUGGACGAUCCGACGCAUCACCGAACACUCAGACCCUUGGAACUCGUCCGGGGUCUCGCAUUGACUGUGAUACUAACGAUAUUUACUUGUCAUUAUAUUCCUUAUUAAAUAGCGAUCAUAUUUUAUAUUAUUAGGACAUUCUCUAUUCUGACCAGGCUAAAGAGAAGUCGUUAUGGAAUCAUGUUGACGUCGGCAGCAACGUCAAUGAUGAUCGGUCGAUCUUUUAGCCGGUGAGCGUCUCCUCGUACGAAACGCCAUAACGUCAUUAUGUAUCUAUAACGCAUAUCCUCUAUCUAUUAAUUUAUUAUCACCACGUAGACUUUUGCGAAACGAGCGGGUCGAUGUCUAUUAACAUAAUCAUGACAAACAAGCUAAAGUCUUCGCUCUACCGGACCUGUUUUAUAUCAAGGUUUUGUUAGUUCCUAUAGAGUAUUACGACUAGAAAUCUCUCGAGUAAAUCUCUCGAUCCCCUGUCCUCCUCCGCCCUACUCCCUCCCCCCCCGCCCUCCGCCGUUCCCGAAUGCAACGUAACGAUCGCGUUGCAUUCUUGUAAAAAUUUUAAUGCGUUUUUCCAUGAGAUCCGCGCUAAUCGAUUACCGCCGCACGUAAUUUCCAUAUGCAUGCGUGAGCGUUUCGAGCUCUAUCCGUGAGAUAAUAAUAUUCGCAUUUUAACUACAAAGUAACGUGCACCGUAUAUUUAUUGAGCGCGCGACAAGAAUGACGAGAAAUUAUGAUCUACGCGCCGAUAUAGCGAAUUGUAUAAAAAUUAAUGACGCCUCAUUGGUAUGCGCACUAUAUUGUAAAUUAUAUUUCUAACUAAUCACCAGCGGCGCCCUUCCACCAACUUAUUCCUGUCCCAUUUAAUCUCUCGAUUGUCAACAAGAUGUUUGAUGGAGAUCCAUUUAUAGCGAAGUCUUAAAUAUAUGAUCUAUCAGUUUUCAAUAAAA